AUGAGUGUUUGCCCGCAAACAUGGUAUCACCUUUUGCUAUCUUUUCGCGCGCGACUCCUUCGAGCUGAUCCACCAGCUCCUUCUGUGCCAGCUUCUCGUCUCUCUUCUGCUCGUCGACAAACUCGAGUUAUGAUCAUCUCUUUGGGUCGGUUCUCGUUUUUCUUCAGGCGACCGAUUUUUUUUUUUUUGAAAGACUCAAAUUACGUAAUUGUUUGAUAGUUCCUCAAAUUAUUGUGAUUUUAGAAAAGAAAGAAAAUCGGAGAAUGUAGAAAAGAUACGCACGAAAGAAAAGCAGCUGGUUUUAUUGACUCUUGUCAAAAAUAUAUUUUACUUUUGGCGGGUUUUUCGCAAAAAUCCAUUAUCACCAACUUAGUUGUCCGCUGAGCUCUGUUACAUCAGAAACUUUUUCAGGAGUUCUGAUGAUGUCCCUUCAAACACAGGCCUACUUUUGGGGUAGCGAGGAAAUGGAGUCCCAUGCCGAAAAGUGAGAUUUGAAGCCGCUUAAGAAAAGACUUUUGAAGAAGACAAUUUAAUUCUGGUUCUAGAAUAAAUGAAAUAUGAAACUAGCAACUUUUAUAUUUAUAAAACAAAAAAUCACAAAGUUUGUUUCGUCCAUACACAGGGGUCAUAUCAAGAAAGGAAAAAAAAAACAAAGAUUUAUCAGGUUCGCACUUUUUAAAAAUGUGGAAUUUAAUAAACUUAAACUAUUUUGCAGGCUCAACAGUUUAGAUGAAAAAAAAAUGAUGAUUAAUUUCCAAAUUUUCCCUGAAACUUCAAACAAAAACAUUGUGUAGACUUUUUAAGACCGACGACAGUGAAGCCGACGCCGACGAACCUGGGCUGUUUCAUGUGCACCCAGCUGUUGUCAGUGACCAAACACCGAGUCGGACUCAGCCAGAACCAACUCAGGAGCCAACUCUAUGACAAAUGCCGAGUGCUGCCGCUCGUCUUUAAGGUGAGCCAAGGCUCUCGGCUUGACCGCACAGCGAAAUUCAGGAGCAAUGUUUCGUUUUCGUCGAAUCUUCUCUCCCGGAGAUCUACAUCUCUUUGAACUAUGACUUUUCUACCAAAGACAUUUGCGUACGAAUGAACUUGUGCGACGACAAAAACCCGUUUGCUGUUAGUUGGAGUGCUCAGCAGAAGAAAAAAUUAGGGUUCAGGUGGGAGGGCCUUUGCCGCCACUGGGAACGACUGCCGAGCCAGAAGAAAGGCCUACCGAGGAGAUCGAUGCUUCUGAAGAUGAGCUCGUCGAGGCCUCAGAAGACCGACGAGGGGAAGCCUUCGAUCGGAGCGACCGUAUCGGUCACAAAAACGUCCUCGAGGUUGAUUUUGAAUAAUAGAUUAGAAAAAAGAAACCUAUUACAGCUUGAAGCAGUGUCAUUUCUGUCUCUUUGUUUUCUUUAGUGACACUCUCGUUUUAAGGUGCUUUCUCUUUUUAUGAGAAAUAUUCAGACAGCUCAAAACUUUAAAUUGGUGGCAGUUGAACAUCUCAAAAAAGUAAUCACUCGAUCCAGGUUCUCAUUCCGCGCACAACAUCCGGAUACCGAGAAAAAACAACCCCGAAAGCCGUCGAAUCGACGGACCAUUCACUGGAAACCCGGCCAACGAAGCCUCAAAUUGUCGAAACUGUAAUCAGAGAUAUGACAGCAAAAAAAACCAUCUAUUUUCAGGUCGAAAAUCGCUUGACGUGUUCUUUCUGCGAGAAACUGUUGGAAAACGCCAAGAACUACGCGGUAACGUGCAAGGUUUUCCUUCGAAGGGGCAGUUGGGGAGACAAAAGCUCUUAUACAAGCAGCAACUUAUUUUCGAUCCCUUCUACCUGCAGCCAAAGGUCUCAGACUUAGGUGCGACUUUUCAGACAGACAUCACGGCUUUUGCAAACUCCGCGUGCGCAGCGCUGCCCAAAGGCCGCCACUCCGACGAGUGUUACCAAUUGGCCGACAAAAAAAUCGCUGACCUCGCCAAGUUUGUCGACCAACAGGUCGUCGACGCUCUCUGGUGCGCCGAGCUUAACCGUUGCUGA